UUUCCGCUUUCAUUUCUGAAGAAACGCAGAAUAGAAACUCGGCUAAUAACAGCGCUGCACAACAGCCCAGCAGUGCUCUCAGAUCUGCGCAGACAUGUCGGGCUACUCCCGGAUCAUACAUUAUGCGACCAGCGUGUUAUGCAGCAAUAAAGGUUCAAUGGAAAUCUCUCAGCUGCAUCACAAGGUCCUCCAGCGCUUUGAUAUCUCCGAAGAUGAUUUCUGGUAUGUCGUUAAGAAAUGCGCCCGCUUCGCAGUGGUCCAGAGCAGACCCAGAGCAGAGGAGGACGGAGAGUCCGACUGCAUCGUCGUCGCCAAAACAUCUCUGAGACUCUGCAAGAAAUACUUCAAUAAUGAAUGUUACGAGUGCCAGGAUUUACAUCUGUGCAAAUAUUACGUUUACGGAAACUGCAGAUAUGGAAAAGGAAGGAAGGAGUGUAAAUUCUCCCAUGAUAUCCAGUCACAGCAUAACUAUCCCCUGCUGCGGGAAUGCACACUUCAUGAACUGAACGAGGAUGAUCUCUUCCUGCUUCUGCUCCAGAACGACCCUGCGCUACUGCCAGAGGUGUGUGCUCACUAUAAUAAAGGCAUAGGGCUUUACGGGGCCUGUACCUUUAUGGAGCGCUGCACUAAGGUGCACAUUUGUCAGCACUUUGUGCAAGACGACUGUCUGUUCGGCCCCAAGUGCAAACGGCUGCACAAUAUCGACGAGCAAAGCCGCAGGAUGCUGGAGGAACGUGGUCUCGGCGGUGACAUCAUCCAUGACCUGCCCUACAUCUACCAGAACGUUUAUCGCCUCAACUCACAAACUCUAAGCAGUGAACUGAUCUCUGAUCAAGGCGACAAACCGGCUGCUCAGAUGGAGAAGAAUGAAAUCUGUCUCCACUUCAUACGACGGAAAUGCAAGUUUCAGGACCAGUGCGUUCUUGUCCACUUCAAUCUUCCAUAUAAAUGGGAGGUUAAUGAUGAGAAAGGCUGGGGGGAUUUGAGAAACAUGGAGGAAAUAGAAAGAGCCUACUGUGACCCAAAGAAUGAACACAGGUCAGUACAAAUGCACAUACAUUUUUUUUUUGCGAUUAAACGUAUCCAAAAUAAAAGUUUCCCCGGCUAUGCAAUUCAGUUCACCCCACAACACCCCAAAUUCAGCGGCAUCCGCUUCACAAAAGUGAAGGCUGCCAAUUCUCCUGUUUUGCAUACGGAGAUUGCAGUCCUAUUGGCAAAGGAUGCGAUAGAGCUUCCUAGAGUUUUCUUCAUUGUACCCAAGAAAGGUGGUGGGUUACAUCCAAUCAUGGAUCUGCAUGUCUUGACGUUAAUGCAGAAACACAUCUUCGGACCACCUCUGCAGUUUGCGUUCUGGCUCUGGCACCUCAGGCUGUUGGGUCUUCAGGUCAACAGGAAAACUCUACCAGAUGCAGAGGAUCUAUUCUUCUUCACCACAUGGUCAGAUUCUACGUUCCUCUGGGUAGGAGUGCCCCUAGAACAGGUCUCCAGGCAUGCCAUGCUUUACUCGAAACAUGACCCCAUGGAAGGGAUGUUGAUGGUAGAGGACCUGUACACAUUAGAGUUUGGGCCGGCUGAGACCCCGGCCUGGCUAUGUGCCUUAGGUUCCGACUACUCCCUUCAGGGAUCAGGUGGUGAACCGGCAAGCACUGCCCCCAAUGGAGACAGACCCAGCUUUAAAUUUGCUCUGUCCAAUCCAGUUCUUGAAAUGCUACGUAGACUGGACACAAAGUUUUAG